AUGACGGAGUUGAUGGCUCAAUCAUCGAGUAAUCCACGACUCAUAAUCGUGUCUAAUCGGCUGCCAGUUACGGUGAAGAGCUCACAAGAUGGGACCUUUGAAUAUUCGGCCUCUGCAGGGGGGCUGGUAUCUGGACUAAAUGGGAUAUCAUCCAAAAUGUCCUUUCAUUGGUAUGGCUGGCCAGGUAUUGACAUAAUGAAGGAGGAAAGAAAUGGCGUGAAAGAGAAAUUAUGGAGGGAUUACCAUGCCGUACCGGUGUGGCUUUCAGAAGAUUUGGCAGAUAGCCACUACAACGGUUUCUCAAACACAGUGCUAUGGCCACUCCUUCACUAUCACCCGGCGGAGUUCUCCUUUGACGAAGAUCAUUGGAAAAGCUAUCGAGAUGUAAACAGUAAAUUCGCUCAGGUCCUCGUCCAAGGGCUGCGGGACGGCGACAUUAUAUGGAUACACGACUACCACCUAAUGUUACUGCCUAAUUUGCUCCGAGCAGAAGCCGCGAAGCGUGGCAAACAUAUCAAGAUUGGUUUCUUCCUGCACACACCAUUCCCAAGCAGCCAAAUAUACAGAAUCUUACCUGUGCGGAAAGAGAUUCUCCUGGGAGUGCUAGGUUCUGACCUCGUCGCCUUCCACACCUAUGACUAUGCCAAACACUUUUUGCGAAGUUGUUCGAAAAUCUUAAUUACGUCUCCUCCGUUGAUUAUUAACCAAGUAAACAGAGGCGUUCCCGCGACCCUCGAUGGGAUCAAGGUGUCGGUGGGCUCUGAACAUGAGACUCGGGUCCGAGCAUUCCCCAUCGGCAUUGACCCAGAAAGAUUUCUAAGCCAUUUGAGCACUGAAAAAGUACAGAAUCGGAUCCUGCAGCUGAGGGAGAAAUUUCGGGGAAAAAAAGUACUCGUUGGAAUUGACCGCCUUGACUAUGUCAAGGGUGUCCCACAAAAACUGCAUGCGUUUGAGAAUUUCCUCCAGGGCCACCCGGAAUGGGUUGGCAGAGCAGUAUUAGUGCAGCUUGCCAUUCCCACCCGACCAGAGGUAGAAGAUUACCAAUUCUUGAGAUCAGCUGUCAAUGAGCAGGUUGGAAGGAUAAAUGGCAGAUUUGGUUCGCUUUUACUCCUUCCCCACCCUAUAAACCUGAGACUGACGGAGUAUACAAUAAUAGGCACGGUGGAAUACAUGCCCGUCCAUUUUAUGCACUGUUCACUACCAUUCGACGAGUUACUGGCGCUAUAUGCUGUAUCCGACGUCUGCGUUGUGACAUCGACCAGGGACGGAAUGAACCUUGUUGCUCUUGAAUACAUUGCUUCCCACAACAGACAUAGUAUGCAUACAGGCGUCCUUAUCCUAUCUGAGUUUGCGGGCGCCGCGCAGAGUUUAUCUGGCAGCAUUAUCGUCAACCCUUGGGACGCAAGUCAGAUUGAAGAUGCCUAUGAGACGUCGCUUUGCAUGACAGCCGGUGAAAGAUGGAUAAGGUUUCAGCAUCUUCAGAAAUACGUUUCACAAUUUACGAGGUACGGAAGCAUCUCAUUGUCCGUGUACGUUCCAAGGAAAGCAAAGUGGGAGACGAAGGCAAUACCUUUUUCUUGGGCCGGGGACAUUUUGUCGGCAGCUGCUAACCUGAUUCAGUUCCCAAUGGUGUCGCUCCUUCUUGGGAGAACUGAAUGCUGA